CUGCGUUGAGGUGGAGAAGCAGAAGAUUGGGUUCUGGUCAAUAGUCCACACGCUCAGACAGUGUUGUUGGAGGUACAGAAACCAGAGCUGAACCAUUAAAGAAAUGAAUGAUGCCCUGUUUCAAGACUUGUCCUGCACUUUCCUGCCCAGCUUAAAUAUGCUUCUGUGAACAUGUCAGGACAUUUCGCCAAGAGGGACGUUGAGCUUCUGAAACAGGUUAAAUAUAAAAAUAUGGCAUCCACAGGACAUUGUGGUACUCAGCAAACGUCGUCUGGUACCCUCCACAUGAACACAUCUCAGCAACAAACACAGAUAUGCAGCAAGGAGAGAACUCACUGCUGCAUGGAGUGUGGAAGGAGUUUUAGUCUAAAGAGUAAUCUCAAAAGACACCAGCGCAUUCACACAGGAGAGAAGCCGUAUCACUGCUCAGAAUGCGGAAAGAGUUUUACUAAUCAGAGUCAUUUUAAAGCACACCAGCACAUUCACACAGGUGAGAAGCCCUAUUCCUGUUUAGAAUGUGGAAAGAGUUUUACUGUACAGAGUAAUCUUAAAAAACACCAGCGCAUUCACACAGGAGAGAAACCGUAUCACUGCUCAGAGUGUGGAAAAAGUUUUACUGAGCAGAGUCAUCUGAAAAUACACCAGCGCUUUCACACAGGAGAGAAACCGUAUUACUGCUCGGAGUGUGGGAAGAGUUUUACUGUAGGGAGUCAUCUCCAAGACCACCACCGCAUUCACACAGGAGAGAAGCCGUAUCACUGCACAGAGUGUGGGAAGAGUUUUAAUCGUAAGACUACUCUGAACGAGCACAAGCGCAUUCACACAGGAGAGAAGCCGUAUCGCUGCUUAGAGUGUGGGAAAAGUUUUACUGUACUGAAUCAUCUCAAAAUACACCUGCGCUUUCACACAGGAGAGAAGCCAUAUCACUGCUCAGAGUGUGGGAAGAGUUUUGCUGUACAGAGUCAUCUCCAUCAACACCACCGUGUUCACACAAAAGAGAAGCCGUAUCACUGCUCAGAGUGUGGGCAGAGUUUUAAUGUACAGAGUAAUCUCCAACGACACCAACGCAUUCACAUAGGAGAGAAGCCGCAUCACUGCUCAUAGUGUGUGAAGAGUUUCAGCCAUUCAACGACUGUGAAGACGCACAAGUGCACCAAAAGCAGUGGGGGGAAAUAGGCAGCAAUGAGUGCAACAUUAAUACAUUCGGGGAGUAAAAGUCACCAGGGAAUAGUUUACAGUCCAGAUUUCAAAGCCAGAAUAACUGUUUCAAACUGUUUUUAGGGGAAACCACCUACUUUUGCUUUAGACUGUUUUUAAAACAUGAAUAUAAACUGAAAUAUUUAACAUGCUGAACACCAAGCCUACAGCUCAUACCCCCAAUGAGACGUUGUGGUACUUCAGAUUCUCCUCAAAAUGCAAAUUUCAUUUAUGUGUUGAAAACACUUAAGAUGUGCCACAUUCAGUAAACUGUUGUUUGCUUUCUAAUUAAGUAUUUCUAAGCUAAUUAAGUGUUUCAGAUGCAAUAUCUGAUGUUUUGAAAACAUUUUUCAGUGUGCUUCGCUCCUUUUUUGAUUUCCACACAUUAAUUAGUUGAUGCUUGUUGUUAUGAAGGUGCCACUUUUGUCUUUCCUUUUAAUGUUUUCUGAAUGUUGUAUGUUGAGUAUUCUUGUUGAGGACUAAUGAAGAAGAUAUGACCCUGAACACCGUAACAGUGAAGUUUUUGUAGUGCUGGACAGAAAUUAAAAGCUUUAUAAAGGAGACAGAGGAGUAAGAAAAACAUCAAGAAAUCGUACAGGUGACCUCUUCUCAGUUCUAUGCCUCAAAGUCACAUUAAGACCAAAUUAUAGCUCAUGAACUGUGCUCUUUUCAAGAGAUAUUAAGGACCAUUGACGUUUUUGUGAUCCUGGGAGAAUGAUUGUUCCUUGAGAAAGACCCUGUGAGAUGAAAUUAGGGUCUUUAAGCCCAUCUUCAAUCCAUCAUACCCAACAUGGCAGCAGCUGAUUGUUUGAACUGGAUAUCUCCGUCAUGGUAGAACUGGGCGAAAGGUGACCAUUUCGGGAUGUUCAAGGCUUUAGGCCUCACUGAGAGCAACUCUUGCUGACAUCAUUAGAAUGUGCACAAGGGACACUUUCUUUGUUGACUGAAUCUCACAAAUGACACUGUAUUUAGUUCUGUUCCUGAAUCCAAUCCAAGCCUGCAUUAUAGUAUUUUCAGUAUGUUUAUGUAAUUCUGUAUAUAGAUUGUCUAAUUUACGUUUAACUUGCAUAAAGAUAUAACCACUUUGACUAAGUCUGUAUUAGGUGGGAAAGACGCCUGUGGGUGCUCUCACAACUCUCUCACUCCCUCGCUCACUCUCUGUUUUUUAGCCUGCUAAUGUGAACAUGCUGUCUUCUUGAGAUUGAUUUUAAACCAUUUUAUCUAUGUUUAGUCUUUUAAUAAUGUUCUUUUACAUGUUUCUGUAAUACUGAAAAAAAUGUUUUUCCUGUUAAAUUUACAAUCUGUUCUUCUUUUGAAAUUCAUUAUAUUGUCUCCUCUUUAGUGUUUGGGGUAUAUUGCAUCAAAGAAAUUAAAUAGGAGUGUUUUUUAUACAUCUCUGAAUUUU